AUGAAAUUUUGUUUUGUUUUAGCUACUGAAUUAGUUGAUUGUCGGUUUAAAGGCUAUGAUAAAACGCUUAUUGAUACUGUUAUUAGUCAUACCGAAAGACAUUGUGGUUCGAAUGAAAAUAUAGCUUAUACAAAAGAAGACAUAGCUGAUUUUCAUUUUGAUUUUAAUAUUAAACAUGAAAAUGAAGGUUAUUAUGAAUAUGUAGUUCGAUUAUAUAAUGCUCUAGUUGAUGUUCGAUUGGUGGUCUACAUCAAAUAUCUGAUCAAGAAAAACAUUUAUUCUGAAAUAAAUGAUACAAUAACAUUACUUUGUCCAAUAUUUUUGACAUUACCAGCUUGGUUUACAUUUCUUAUAUCGAAUAAUUCUCUACGCAAUAUUUCAUCACUAAUUGGUCAUGAUUAUUUACAAAUAAAACAUGUUUCUAAUAUUCAUUCUGGAAUAUAUACUUGUCGUAUAACAACUAAUGAUGAGAAUGAAGAUUAUUCAUGA